CCUGUGUUCUCAUUUUUAUCUAUUUCACUUCCGUAUCUCUUUUAUUAAUUUAUAAAGGAGCCCUAUAUAUCUCUUUUACCAGUGCUCUUCCUCUUGCUGUAUUCGGUGGUAUCCGAGGUUUGUCUCGUUCCCUUGUUGAGAGAGAGAGAGAGAGAGAGAGAGAGAGAGAGAGGGAGAGGGAUAUGGCGGAGGAGGGUUCCAAGAAGGUGGAGGUGGAGGCAGCUCCGGAGGCGCCGGCGCCGCCACCUUCCGCGGCGGCGCCGCCGCCGGAGCCCGCGAAGGACGUCGCCGAGGAGAAGGAGGUGAUCCCGCAGCCGCCGCCAACGCCUCCGGUGGCGGAGGAGAAACCCGACAAUUCGAAGGCUCUCGCCAUCGUGGAAAAGCCUGCAGAAACCUCGACUGAGAAGAGCUCAGGGGGUUCACAUGACAGAGAUGCUGCUCUCGCAAGGGUUGAAACAGAAAAGCGUCUGUCAUUGAUCAAGGCAUGGGAGGAAAAUGAAAAGGCUAAAGCAGAGAACAAGGCCACAAAGAAGAUAUCAGCUAUCGCUUCAUGGGAGAAUGCAAAGAAGGCUGCAAUAGAAGCUGAGCUUAAAAGGAAAGAGGAAGAGUUAGAAAAGAAGAAGGCUGAAUAUGCUGAAAAGAUGAAAAACCAGGCGGCCUUGAUUCACAAGGCUGCGGAAGAGAAGAGAGCAAUGGUCGAGGCCAGGCGUGGUGAAGAGAUCCUCAAGGCGGAGGAGGUUGCUGCGAAAUAUCGUGCCACAGGGCUUGCUCCAAAGAAGCUCUUAGGAUGCUUUGGGGUCUAAAUUUGAUUCUGAGUGACCGAAGUCAAACUACGCCCAGCUCUAAUCUGUUUGGUUAUUCAUCUAUUCCAUUUGUUGGUGUGUUAAUUCUGUGUGUCGGUAUUCUUAGAUAUUUUGCAAGUCAUAGUGUGCUUGGUUUGUAAAGUAUUGUUGUUAUUGUAUAGGGACAUAAUUUACAAGGCUUGCAGCAGUUUGAUACUUUUCGUUGUAUAUCUCUAUUCUUUAGCUUGUGAACGGUCUUAAUUGUGCUCGUCGUAACUAUUACUUUCUGGUUAUCGAA